AUGCAAUCGUUAUUCGCCCAACAAAUUUCAGCAUCUAAUGCUGCUGCUUGUGCAAGAAGAUCCAGUCGUGAUAAAAACCUCACGUCAAAGUUGAAUGGGAGAAUUGGGAUUUCGAAUCCAAUGCAAUCGUCUGCCAGCUCAGCAUUAAAAUCGAGUGUAAAAGGAAGAAGAAGAAAGCAAAUGCGAAGAAAGAUUUCGAUCGCGCACCACGGAGCGGAUUACGUGGCGACUUUUGAACCAGAAAACGCCGCCGCUGGAGGUGUAAUCUUAGCCGCCGCGGUGUUGGGGAGAUAUUUAUCCACCGGGGAAGCGAUUGGAUGUUCGCACCUGGUCUCGCCUUUUUCAUUUUCAGGAGUCUCCAAAGACGCUUGGGAAACGAAAUUGCCCUUAUUCCUGGGUAUCGUAGCCACGCCGUUGGUUUUACCCUAUUUAGGUUUGGCACAUUUACUCCCGACGGGUGGAUAUGAAGUCAUCGAAGGGACUUCGCGGUUAGUUUUGGCGAUGAUAUUGGUCGGUUUUGGCUCAAAGUUAGGCGACGGAUGCACGAGCGGACACGGGUUGUCCGGCAUCGGGCGCUUGUCGGUUCGAUCGUUGGCGAACGUGUGCACCUUCAUGGUGUUUGGCGCGCUCGCCGCGACGAUGUUCAACACGAACGCGUUAUUACACGUGGUCACGACAACGGGGAAAGGCAAAGCGGCCACCGCGGUGAACGCCAUCGCAAAUACGGUCGCGGCGACGCAAGCGGAUAAAGCGUUGUACGGUAAAAUUCUGACCUCGGCAUUUGCCGGGUACGCCACCAUCGGUUAUCUCGCUAAAAACAACAUUCUCAUCAAGCGUGGCUCGAAAAUGGCGGAUGUCGUCAAAUCCGCGGUCCACGGUGCCACCGGUGUCCUCUUCGGCGUCGGUUUAGUCGUCUCCCAAAUGGUCAACCCGGCGAAAGUGUCCACCUUCUUACAGUUCACGCAAAGCACGUGGGACCCGUCGUUAGGUGUCGUCAUGGGUGCCGCGUUAGCUGCAAUAAUCCCUGGUAUCCUCAUCAUCAAAAAUCAACUCAAUACCUCCACGUUCGGCGACGCGUUCAAGCUCCCGGAUCCAAUCACCGCUGAUAUCGACGCCAAACUCAUCGUCGGCGGUGCCAUCUUCGGCACCGGUUGGGGAUUAGCCGGCAUGUGCCCAGGCCCGUUAUUCGUCAACGUCGGCGCCGCGUUGACGAAUCAAUCUAUUUCCGCCACCGGUGGUUGCGGAUUGGCCUUGCUUUCAUUUUGGGUCGGCCAGACUUUGGCGAGAAUCACCCGAGACGUGUUAGAGGGCUCCGCUUAA